GGCGCCGACUGGUGCCGACGUCGCGCCGCGCCCGACACGCUCCGCGUCUCGCGCCGAAACAUGCCCAGGUACAGAUCUUCCAAGUUAGGACAUGUACAAGCUAACCAAAGGCAUCAAGAAGAAAGUUAAGGGCAAGAAAAAACCCACCGAGGAGGAGCUCGAGCAGGAAGAGCUACGCCAAUAUCGUCUUGAAAAGCAGCGAGAGCGGGAGCAAAAGGAACAGGAGCAGAGAGAGCAGGCGCAGACCGAAGAGAGUGGCGAGGACCAGGAGGAAACAGAGGCGGCAGACCCAAACGCUGAGUCCAGCCAGCGGCAGGAGAAGUCGGCGCCCGAGUCGGACGAGUGGGCUAAAUUUCGUGCUCUCACCUCUGGUGUUGACUCGGUCCUAAGCACCACCAAAGAGAGUCUUCAGACCAUCAAGGAGACCAGCUAUUUUAUCAGGAAGAAGGCCGCAAAGGAUCCCGAAGAAGGCAAGAGAGACGAGAAGCCGGCUGUUGCCGUCGCUAGCAAGCCAAAAUGGGUAGACGUUGACGCGGGGGAAGAGGAAGAGGAAGCUGAAGAACCAGCCGCAGAGCCUGUAACAGCGCCGGUUGAAGAGCCCCCAAGAUCACCGACACCUGAAAAGGUCGACUUAGAAUUGGUGUUAUCCGAGGUUGAGAAGCUCGAGCGUGCCCAGUAUUUCGAGGAGGACGUGUUCAACACCGAGUACGUGGACGCGGUCACCAGCGGUGAUAUCAACUUCGCUGUUAUACCGGAUAGCCCGACCGAGGAGGGAGACGAUCCGUUUGACACUUCGGUAGUCGAUCAGGUGCUCCGCGAGACGCCAGAGCAGCAGAAAAGGAGUAAACUAAAGGCGAUCAAGCUAGGCAAGGCCGUUCAACUCUUGAGUGGAGCUCAGGAGGACGCUGAGAAGCCCGAGGAGGCGGAAGCCCCCGCUGAGGCUGUGCCGAAAAAAUCGAGGCGCAGGGAAAGGGGCGUCUAUAAACGACCAGGCUCUUUAGACUUAUUAGAUUCCUCUGAGGCAUCCGCUCCCCCAGAAAAUCAAAAUAACCUUGCCGAAGGAGUUUGUCAAGAACCCAAAGAAACACCAGCGAAAACACUUCUCGAUGAGGACAUCUGUGAUGGCGGUGAGUUUGAGCUAAAUUUAGCAGUAACUCCCGAAUUCAGGAGCGCCCAAGUAUCUUCCCCAGGUGACGAGGUUUCUGCCCAAGGGUCUCCCAACAAGCAGAUAAGCUCGAUUGUCAGCGAGUUCGAGACUGUUUCGGAGGUUCCCAGUGCAGGCAGCAACGAAGCGAUCCUUACUGCUCAACCACCCGACGAGGACGACUGUGCGUUUGACUCCCUUGCGAAUGAGUCGUUGCUCCGAGCUAAAGAUCGCGAGGAGUUAAUAGGCGACGACGAUCCAUUUGACACAUCAGCAGCGAAGCAAAUCCUUGGCGAAGACAAGGUGACAGAGGUCGCCGCAGACUUUGACGAGGACGACGUCAAGUUUGAAGCCGACUUUGGAGAGUGCAAACCAAAACCAUCGCGCCCUCCGCCUCCUGUUAUCAUCACAUCGCCCAAAAAGGAGCAACCAGAUUUAUUAACGUCAAACGAACAUCACGACUACGAGCCCCUUCCCGAACCCAUUAACUUCUGUAGGAAAGCAGAGAGCAAGCCAGAAGCUCUUGACGAAGAAGAAGAGGAGGUUGACCCAUUCGACACCUCUGCUGCCGGUAAGCUGUGUGGUACUGAGAUCAAGCUCCUUGAAGACGAGCUUCUCAGCUCUUCCGAGGUCCUGCCACCUGCCCAAGUUCCAGCUCCUUUUGAAGCCGACGACUUCGACCCACGUGCAGGUGAAGAGAAGCCGGAGCCUGAUCCUUUCGACACCUCGUUCGCCGGUGGGUUUGUCGCUCAACCUAUCGUAGACGCGGAGCAGCUGCUGGCCUCAACACCGACACAGGAUUCUACUCCUGUCUGCAUACCUCCUCAGCAGUCACAAGACGCUGCCAACGAACCGGAGGUUGAUCCGUUCGACACGUCGAUCGCGGACACGUUCGGCAACGUCGAGUUGAAGGUUCUCGAAAGUGAACUGUUGAGCAACGCGUCACCUGCCGUUCCAGUGAACCUCGAGGGGCGACUUGAUCUCUCGGCUACCAGUGCGCCGCCUCGGCCUCCACCUCCAGCGCUUCAGGUGAAGGCCAGCUUCGCGGUUUCCUUCGACGAGGAGCGGGAGCAAACGCCGGCGCUACCGGAGCUCCUGACGCUCACACCCGUGGAAGAAGACGUCGCUCCGGUGGCCCUUGUGCCACAGCGGACGGACGACGAGUGCCCAGAGGAGGAACAGGAUCCGUUUGACACCUCUAUAGCUGAUAAAUUUGGUGCUGUUGAGGUGAACGUUUUGGAAAAGGAGCUUCUGGGAGCAACAGCCGCGCCAGUGGCAAAACAGCUGACAGACCUAUUGCCCACUCUUGCAAACAAGCCGACUGCCGCCACCACCGACACGAGCGCCUCUGUUGUUUCGGCUGCAAACGAAACGAUAGAAGAGAUCGAUCAGGAGCAGGACGUGUUUGACACGUCGCACGUCGAAGCGCUCGGCAUCGCUAGCUCCUGCGAGACAGACGGAGGUCGUGUCACAAAACCGCGCUCGCUGCAAGUCUCGGAGAGCUCUGCUGCACUGUUGGCAACAACUCCGGAGGACCCGAACCCCCUGUUGCAGCCGAGCGCCCCGGGCCCUCACAGUCAGCUGCCGGCCGACGAGGAUUUCGACCCGUUCGACACGUCCGCCGCCGACCAGUUCGGCCACACGGAGCUGCGCGUGCUCGAGAGCGAGCUAAUCGGCGAGGUUUCGUGCACAAAGCAGCCGCCGCGGCCACCGCCACCCGUCCUCCGCGCGCCGUUCGCCCCGUCUGCCGAGCGGCUGCCGACCCUGCAGCCGUCAGCCGACGCGCCGCCGCCGCCUGUGCAGCUGUCGCCCGUAACGCUCGACCCGUUCGACACGUCGAUCGCUGAGCGAUACGGCACAACCGAGCUGCGCGUGCUCGAGCGCGAGUUCGCCGCCGCCGACGCGAGCCCAACGUCGGUGCUGAAGCGCUCCGUCAGUGAUCCCGACUUUGACCCGCGCGGCGACGAGAAGGUCGCGCGCCCCGAGACGCCGCAGCUGGGGGUGAAUCUGCUGGACUCGCAGCUGGGUGGCGGCCACCUGGUGCCGGUCCUGGCCGCCAGCGCCGUGUCGGAGACGGCGGACGAGGCCGAGCUUGCCGACCCGUUCGACACGAGCAUCGCCGACAGCCUGCUGCCGGGCCAGGCUGAGCUCCAGGUGCUCGAGCGUGAGCUGCUCCAGUCGUGAGAGCCACCCCAUCCGCCCUCCCGCGCACCCGGCCCACGUCACCAUGGCGUCCGGCAACCCAUUCCUGGAGAUGGCCGGCUUCGGUGGCUUCGAGACGCAGCAGCAGGACCAGGUGGUCCUCAGCAACCCGUUUAUGGACGACGCGCCGCCGGCGGCCGUUGACAGUAACCCGUUCGGAGCCUUCCUCGCGUCCGCCGACGUGCCGCGGGUGGACUCCUCCUGCGGAAACCCUUUCGCUGACGCGGCGCCGGCGCCGCUGCCGACGGUGAACGUGGCGGCGGCGGCUGCC